UUCAAACGGCUCCUGGACAGAUGUCGCUGUUGAAUGACAUCAUGCAACAGAAGGAGAUGCAGACAGGAAGUAGAGAGGAGGAGGAGGAGAGGAAGAAGGGAAGAGUGAAGGAGAGGAGGAGAGGAGACGGAGGAGGCCGUAGGAGGGAGAAGGAGGUGAGGAGCAGGAGGGCAGCGUCAGAAGAAAGAGGAGGAGGAGGUGAAAGAGGAGGAGGAGACCAGUCCAGGAGGCUGAGAGUCCAUCAGCUGGAGAAGCAGCAGCUGGAGCUGAAGGCUGAACACAACCAGGAGGUGUGCCGGCUCCAGGCCCAGGUGACCCGUCUGCGCUGCUCCGUGGAGCGAGGAGAGGCUCAGGGGGAGGAGCUUCAGUACCAGCUGAGCCUGAGCCACCGAGACGCCACCCGGGCCGCCCAGCUCUCAGAGCUCCAGCAGGAAGCUCUGAAGGACCAGCAUGCUUUGCAACAGGAAGUCCAGAAACUCAACCGACUGAUUGACAGCUUCAGUUCAGAGAAGCAGAGACUGCUGCAGGAACAAGAGGAGGCUCUGGAGGAGGUGCAGAAGAAGAGGGACGAGGAGGCCGAGACCAACCGACGACAAGCCGGAGAACUAAAGGAGAGAGAGGAGAGGAGCAGGAGAGAGAAGGAGGCGUCGGAUCAGAGGGUGAAGACUCUGGAGGAGAACCUGGAGGAGGAGAGAGGAGCUCACCUGGAGACCAGGAGAGACUCUGAGAGCAUCCAGCGGAGGGGGCGGGGCCUGGAGGCGGCGCUGGCGGCCGAGCGGAGCGGCGUGGAGCGGCUGGCGGCGCGGCUCGGGGAGAGGAGCGGCGCCCUGGAGCGCCUCCAGAGGGAGUGUGAGCAGUGCACGUCUGACCUGAGCGUUGCCUUGAAGGCAGAGAGGACAACAACCUCUGACCUCUCAGAGGGGCUGCAGGAGGAGAAGAGAUGGCACGCCAACACACACAUGCUGCUGGAGCAGGAAGCUCAGAGACGGAGAGAAUCAGAGGAAUGUUUGAAACACAUGAGAGACACACUGCAGCUACACACCUCCACAGGCUCCAGUCCUCCUGCAAAGCAUGCUGGGACGUGUAGUCCCUCCGGGGGCCUCCUGCAGCUGCUAGAGGCCACGCUCCUCGCCCAGCGGCUCCGGCUGGAGGAGGCGCAGCAACAGGUCCUGGAUCUGCUGAUGGCCUCAGAGAGGCUGCACCAGGAGAACCAGGGGCUGGCCUCAGACCAAAGGAGGCAGCUGGACGAGUCUCAGCAGGCCUCUGUCACACGGGAGGAGGAGGUGACACGCCUUCGCCAGGAGAGCUCUGAUUGGUCGACGAUGAGCCGAGGUCUGAGGGUCGAGCUGGAGAGAGAGAGGGAGGAGAGGGAGAGAGAAAGGGAGGAGAAGGAGCGAGAGAAGAGAGAGAGGGAGCAAGAGGAGGAGAGGGCGAAGGAGGAGAGGGAGAGAGAAAGGGAGGAGAAGGAGCGAGAGAAGAGAGAGAGGGAGCAAGAGGAGGAGAGGGCGAAGGAGGAGAGGGAGAGAGAGAGGGAGGAGAAGGAGCGAGAGGUCCAGAAGAUAACUGACCACUACCAGCAGGAGUCAAAGGCCCGGCUCUCCUUCCUCUACCUCCUCCUCCAGCGCCUCCUGGCCGGCUGCGUCCUUGAUCAGCCCCAGUGCAUCCUGGGAGAUUUCACCUGGCGGGAGCUGUGUGACGUCAUCACCGAGCAGGUGGAGCGGCUGACCUCUGACCUCCGCCGGGCCGAGGCCAAGACCGCCCAGCUGCAGCGUGUGUGCGACAAGAAGAGUGUGUGUGUGCGUGAGCUGCACCGCCGCCAGGAGUGUGUGUUGACUCGUGUGGAGGAGAGCGUGAGGAGGAGGGAGGAGGCGUGGAGCAGGAGGCACACACACACACAGGAGGAGCUGCAGCUGUGUCGUUCUCAGUGCGCCUCCCUCCGCGAUCGCGCCUCCUCCCAGGAGCAGCGCUGCUCCUCCCUGACCUCCGACCUCUCCCUCGGGAAGGGGGAGGCGGCCUCCUUCCUGGCGGCGUGCGCCCUGCUGGCCGGUGCCGUGUCGCACGCCCAGCGGCGCCUGCGGGCGCUCUGCCAGCAGAAGGCGCUGCUGAGCCGGCGGCUGGCGGAGAAGGAGGCGCUGGAGGAGGAGGUGAGGAGGCUGGCCGGAGCCCUGGGGGGCGAGGAGGAGGAGGAGGAGAGGAGGGGGGGCAGGAUGGCGCUGAGGAGGUGGAGGAGGAGCGUGGGCGUGGUGCUGGCCGUGAGGAGGUGGAGCCUCAUGACCACGCGCAGCGCGGUGCUGCUGCGCCUGGAGACGGGCCUGGGCGUCUGUGGAGGCGUCGCCACGGCAACAGAUGAUGAAGAUGAUGAAGGUGGUAAAGGGGCGUGUGCUCGCUGGCUUCGCUCCAAAGUUCUCUCCUCCAUCAUCCUGUCCUCCAUGUCCGACCUGCAGGGGGCGCUAACACACACUGGCUCCGCCCCUCCAGAUGUGAAGUCAGCUGCUCUUUCUGCUUUGUCCCGCCUCCUGGAUCAGGUUCUCGACCAAUCGGACACUCCGUCCGGCCUCCCUCCCGUCCGAUUGGACGAGGAGGCGCUGAGCAGACGGCCCGACGCCAAGGCCCUGGUGUCCAGCCUGCAGCAGCACUUCCUGGUCCUCAGCCAACGGCUGCACUCGGCCGAGGUUGAGAGGCGGAGCCUGAGGCUGGAGGUGGCCAAUCAGAAGAGGGGACUGGAGAGAGAAGACACCUGCAGGAUGGUGCCAGUGCAGCGGGUCCUCAGUGUGUGUGUGGAGGCCCUCAGCAGGGAACAGGAAGCUCAGCUGCUGAUCCAGGAUCAGAGCGAGCGGCUGCACGCCGCCCGGCAGGCCGACGCCCACUGCGCGCUGAGCCACGCCUCCCAGAGUCUGUCGGAGGCUCGGCAGGAGAUGAGUCGGAAGGAUCGCUCGCUGAGGAUUCUGGGUAAACACCUGUCGAGGGUUCAGGGGGAGAAGAGGCAGCUGGAGGACGAGCUGAGGGGCGCGGCCAGAUGUAAAGAUUAUGUGAUCAGCAACAUGAAGGCUGCAGAGAAGAGUUACCAGCAGCUCAGAGAGAGUCUCGUCCAAUCACGUCGCUCCUCGUCAGCACUGCCCCGCCCCCUGCUGUUACCCAGGGAACACCUGGAGCCGAGUGGGACAGAGUGCAUCAUGGGAGCUCCUGAGGUGGCAGCGUGCCAGAGUCUCCUGUCCUCUGUCUCUCAGCUGUGUGACACCUGCUGCUCCAGGAUUGAUUGGCUGGAGCAGGAAGUCUCCGCCUCCCGAGGUCACGUGACCGCGCUGCGUGGCGAGCUGCAGGACGCCUGUCUCCGUGACAACCGGGCCUACGUCCCUCUGGCUGCGCCUCCUGAAACGAUUCCAUUGGCUGACACAGAAGCCGCUCAGCCUGUCAGCGGCUCUGAUUUGUCGAAGCAGCCGUGGGUCUGUCUAAGCCCCGCCCCCUCCAAGACAAACCCCGCCCCCAUCCGGCCCUCUACAAACCCUUAAAGGGUCCCAACGAGAGGGAGAGAAGAGAGAAAUGUGAAAUAUAUGUAGAGAUAUAUAUUUAUAUACACAUAUAUAUUUAUUUAUAUAUAUUUAUAUACAUAUAUAUAUAUAUUUAUAUAUAUAUAUCCUGUAUAUUAUCGUUUUCGGAGACAAUCAGCAGAAUCACAGUUCCUGCUUAACUGCUGCUGACGGACGACUGAAAGUGUGUGUGUGUGUCUGUCAUGUGUGUGUGUGUGUGUCUGUCAUGUGUGUGUAUGUAUGUGUGUCUGUCAUGCGUGUGUGUAUGUGUCAUGUGUGUGUGUCAUGUGUGUCUGUCAUGUGUGUCUGUCAUAUGUGUGUGUGUCUGUCGUGUGUGUGUGUGUAUGUGUGUCGUGUGUAUGUGUCAUGUGUGUGUAUGUGUGUCUGUCAUGUGUGUGUGUGUCGUGUGUGUGUGUGUGUCUGUCAUGUGUGUGUGUGUGUCUGUCAUGUGUGUGUUUCAUGUGUAUGUGUGUGUGUUUCAUGUGUGGGGAAAGUUUUCAACCAGAAGAUGAAUAAACACGACAAACAUUUAAAUGUAAUGCUGAAUCGGCACCACAGCUGUAUGUGUGUCCUCAGGCUGUGUGUGUGUCUUUUUUUAUUUCUAUUAAUGUGUAACCAAAGCAUCCACACACACACACACACACCCUCAGGCUCUGUGUGUGACAGCAGAUUAAGUCCCUUUGCAAAUGAUGUCUCAACACACACACACACACACACUCUCACACACACACACACUCUCUCUCACACACACACUCUCUCUCUCACACACACACACACACACACUCUGCUGAUGCAGCUCAAAUCUUUUUCUCUGGAGAUUUUUGUCGUUUUCUUCACUUCAGACUUUAAACUUUUUAAAGUCGUCACAAUAAAAUAAACUUUCUUCCAAAGUGA